CACCCGCACGUCUACACCCUCUCCCACGGAUCGACUCCGGGGUCGAUAUCACUGCACCCCGUCACUGUAGCAACAAUGUGUUGGGUCACCCUCACCCCGUCCAGGGGCAAAAAGAAAGGCUACCAGCCUACCUCGGAUUCCUCUUGUGUGGAGGACAUCGUUCGCGUACAUCAUAACCCGGCGUCUCCACGCUUAACCAACGUGCGUAUCAAGGCACCUAGUGUGGACGUCGAGGUAGACGAGAAACAUACUCACGCACAUGUCUAUCCUCACUUGCAGCAUCACCACCGACACCCGCAUCUCCAUCCACUACACAUGCACCCUAUACACGGCGAGCACCAUCUCGGCGUUAGCCUAGCACACCCUCCACCACCCUCUUGCUCCCCUUCCUCCUCUCCCCCUCCUUCAACAGCCCCAGCAGACACCUCGCCCCUCAUCCCCCCCAGCAUCCCCCGCGACCCAAUCUACCACACACAAAUCAUUCAGCCCACCUCUCCCCGGGCCCGCGGGCCCAGCCCCAGCACCGUCCGCGAAACAACCCGCAUAGCGCUGCGCACCAGCACCGCAACCAGCAGCAACCAGCCGCAGCAGCGGCGCCCCAGAAAUAACCUCCGCCGAGUAGCAGGCUACCAGGUGCUAGGCCGCCAGGUCCCUUGGGACUGGGAUUGCGUCAGUAGCACCGUCGGCGGUAGCAGCAGCAGCAAUGCGGGAGGCGGCGCGACCAAAGGCAAGUGGGUAAGGCGAAAGAGUGGGGGAGCGGGACUCGUCUAUCCGCCGUUUGGGGAUGCGGAGAAGUGGAUGUGA